ACCGGCUAGCCGGCUGUGUUGUUAAAUUCGGCAGUGCCAGUUUUGGACAAUGCUAACAGAAACCGAAUGUACAAAGGCAAUGGAAAUCGAAAACAAAAAAACGUGAGAUAAGGAGGAGAAACUGUGAAACUGUGAAAACUUGAGCUGAGACCGAAAAUCGGAUCUCGGUUUUGGGUUUCGAGGACAAAAAAGGCGACUAAUUGCGGCACUCACCCACCCACACAAACACCGACACACCAACACACAAUCGCGUUUCACCACUCCCGUGUAAAACCAAUACAACAACCAAAACAACCAACCAACAACAACAUGCAAUCAUUGCAAAGUAGUUAAAUAAUUCUGCCCUGUCUGCGCUUUAUUUCCUUCUUCAUUUUUGUUCUUCUCGUUUAAUUUCAACAAGUUUCUGUUCUCGCUUUUCCCUCUCUCUCCGGACCAACCCCCCUAUUCCUUCCCCCCCAUCCAACACAAACACCAGCAAACACCAACACACCUGACGCACACCGACACCAACACUAGUACAGGGUCUCGUGUGACGUACGGCGCGAAAUUGUCGUCUUUGGCUUUUUGUUUGUGCACUUUUCGCCAAUUCCCUUUGUGUUCUGCGACAAGAAAGGUGCGAGGGGUGGGAGAAACGAGCAGCACCUGCAAAAAAGGCGGCACGAGAUCGGCAGAAAGCAGAAGAAACAUCAGCAAAGCGACCGGCUCCCCGCACACAUACUCUCACACACACAGCAAAAAUGGUCAAGGAGAAGCCCAACUCGACUCGUAUUUACGACAAGGAUGGAUUCAGGCGACGAGCUGCCUGCAUUUGUGUCAAGUCGGAGAACGAGGCGGAGGUACUUCUGGUUACCUCCUCUCGUCGUCCGGAGUUGUGGAUCGUCCCAGGAGGCGGCGUGGAGCCCGAGGAAGAGCCCUCGGUUACAGCCGUGCGCGAGGUCCUUGAAGAGGCUGGCGUAGUUGGCGAUCUAGGUCGUUGCCUAGGAGUUUUUGAGAACAACGACCAUAUGCAUCGCACCGAGGUCUUUGUUAUGAAUGUGACCCAGGAGCUGGACGAGUGGGAGGACUCGCGCAGCAUCGGCCGUAAGCGCCAGUGGUUCACCAUCGAUGACGCCUUGUCGCAGUUGGCGCUGCACAAGCCCACUCAACAGCACUAUCUGAUGCAGCUGCAGCACUCGAAGACACUGGACAAUACGAAUCGCGUGGUGAACGCUACUCAUCCGCCCAAGUUGACCAAUGCCGCCACUCCGGCCGCGUCGCCCACCACGGCAUAAAGACAGCAGAGAGCAGAAAUCAUGCAUCUACACACCACAAGCCACACACACACACACACACCACACUUAACCCAAAACUAAUCCAAAACAAAAAACAAUGCUAACCAACCAACCCCCCGCCCCAUACACAUUUUUGACAUUUUCGGAAAUUUACAAAUAGACAGGCAGUCUUCUAGAUUAUUUUGAUUAAGCGAAAUCUAUGUUACCCCGCAUCCCCCACAUAGCCCCAUUUGCGUUUAAGUUUAAGUCAAUGCGUUCAUUCAUGUCUUUAGUAAUUGUAAUGAGAUCUAAAUUUAUGUGCGUAUUCUAUCUAGAGCGAUUGAAGUUAGGGAGGAAGAGAAGGAAGCAGAAACGCUACUCGAUCAAUGCUAUGCGAUAACUAUGUAAUUCAAUAUCUAUAACACAAAACCAACAAAAAAAAAAAAACAAAAAAUGGACAUGUAAUAAUUUUUGAGCGAAUAGCACUUUUUGCAAACACGAAACUAAAACUAGAUAACUGAAACCAGGAGAAACGAUAUCUAUUAGAUUUUUCUACUCUUUUUUAUAAUUUACUCAAAAGGCAUCUUACUUGAAAAUUGGAUAAUGAUUCAACAAGCGCUAUCGUAAAACUUUUGUUAUUAUGCUAAGCGGCCUAAACAAUAAAAUGUAACCCUAACUAGCGAUGACUAACGAAACAAUUUCGGUUCAGCUAUAUAGUUCCGCCUCCAUGGUUAUCUGAAUAAAAUAUUUUAAAGCAGAAAUAUGUCGGCCGAACUAUGUAGCUACCCAAGAAUUUCGUUCUUAAUCUGCUGAAGAUUUAUGAAGCACUUGGCGACAGCAGAUGGAAGAAAGGGAAUCAUUAAAGUUCAUUAAAUAAAAUAACAACAGUUGCCUAUGCAAAAAGUUACAACAGGGGAUAUAAAGAUAAACGUUAACUUAUUGUAAUAAUAAAAACAAAAAAAAGCGAAAAGAGAAAUUAGAGAAGCCAGCAAACAACAUAUUAGGAACUAAUUCAACUACCAAGAUAUGUGCACGUUGUACUUUUCAGAAAACAAAAUGAAAACAAUUAACAAUUACGAUUACAAUAAUAUUAACACUGCAAAUGGGAGGAACAUGUUUUCAAUGUAAUGUGAUUUAAGAGAUACAAGAUACAUACGAGUUGAUGAACAAUUUUAUGUGACAUUUUUUUGAUGAUUUUUUGGCACUUGAAAAGCGCGCAACAAACGAAAUUUUAAUUAAAGCUCAAUGGAAGCAAAGUCUGGCAGUUAAAUCUAUGAUUUUUCCAAACUAUCAAUUGUGUUUUAGUUGCAAACUAAAGCCCGGCAAAAGGAACUUUUAUCGGAACGCUAAAUUAUAUCACAAAUUGUUGCCAUUAAACAAUGAUUUACAAUCAAUAAAAACGAAAACACGACAA